AUGGAUAUUGUAAAUCAGUUGGUUGCCACCGGGCAAUUCAGAGUUCUCAAAGUACCCUUGGGCUUCAUCAAGGUCCUACAAUGGGUGUUUGCGAUUUUUGCUUUUUCCACUUGUGGGAGCUAUUCUGGGUCUUUCAGGAUGAGCGUACAGUGUAAAAACAGAUCUGAAAGUAAUCUGAAAAUAGACGUGGAUUUUGAGUACCCAUUUAGGCUUCACCAAACAUACUUCGAUGCCCCCGCUUGCAGUGGAGGCAGAUCGGACCGUGUCUUCCUCGUGGGCGACUACUCUUCCUCUGCCGAAUUCUUCGUCACCAUCGCAGUGUUUGCGUUCCUGUAUUCCAUGGCAUCUCUGAGCAUCUACAUUUUCGCUUUUGAAAAAUACCGCGAGAACAACAAGGGACCUCUUAUUGAUUUUGGCGUGACUUGCGUGUUCACCUUCAUGUGGCUGGUGAGUUCAGCAGCUUGGGCUAAAGGCCUGUCGGACGUGAAAACAGGCACGGACCCUGAGAAGGUGCUGGACCUGAUCGAAGCUUGCAAAAAUCCAGAGAACACCUGCAAAGAAGUGCACGACCCAGUCAUGUCCGGACUGAACACCUCCGUCGUCUUUGGUUUCCUGAACCUGAUCCUUUGGACAGGCAACCUGUGGUUCGUCUUCAAGGAGACUGGCAUCAUCGCUCCAUUCAUGCGUCCUCCUCCCGCCCAGGAGAAACAGCCCGCCCCUGAGUCCUACGGACAGCAGGGCUACGAGCAGGACCCUUACGCCGGCUCUCAGGGGGGUUACCAGCCCGACUACAGCCAGCAAGGCUACAAUCAAGGAGAUUAUGGACAAGGAGGCUACAACCAGCAGGGGGCACCCACCUCCUUCUCCAACCAGAUGUGA